GCAGACCCCAUCCUCUAUAGGGGAGGUAGCAAUGUGCUCUGCAUUGACGUUGGUGAGUCAGAGUCUAAUGAAGGGAGGAAAUUCGGAGCUGUGGAUAAGAUGGGGAGGAGAAACCUCAGCCACAAACCACUCGCUACUGUCAGUAUCUCUGUCUAUAAACAGGCAGGUACAGCAUCCUAAGGCUGCAUAUAAGCUUCCUUCACAGUUGCUCUCAUCUCUACCUACUGAGUGCACAGCUUGCCUUGUGGAUUUAAUCCAGAUAUUUCUUAGCUGGAAAAAUAACUGCUAUUUUCAUUAAAUGAGUGAUGGGUAAAAAAAAAGGAAUAUUGUGACUGCCAUGAUUUGUUUAAUAUCCUAUUUACAUGCCAGAAACUUUAAAAUACUUGGAAAUCUAUAUUGUAUUUAGUCCAACUGCUUGCAUUGCUAACUAUCCAUGAAUUUAGUUCCUGGAGCACGGUUACUGCAGAGUGCAGACAAGGGAAUAUUUGGAUAUGUUGUUUUGCAGUGGAACUGCUGAAGGAUCUUUGGGGCAAUCUGGAUGUUAUAAGGGGACCUGCAGUAACUGCAGAUGAUCUAGAAACAAGGACCUGGACAGGGAAGCUUUCUUCAAAUUCACACCAGCCUGAAGACACCACCUCUUGGGUUUAGAGGCACAAUGGAAGGACCUGUUGUGCCACCUUUCAACAUCAGUUCCCUUGGCUUUGGGAAUAAGACCCAUGUCUCCAGAGAUAAUCUAACAUUCUCCUUCUACUACCAGCACUCAUCCUCUGUAGCCGCCAUGUUUAUCUUGGCCUAUACUUUCAUCUUUCUUAUGUGUAUGAUUGGCAACAUGUUGGUAUGCUUCAUUGUACUAAAGAAUCGCCAGAUGCGUACAGUUACAAACAUGUUCAUUCUGAACCUUGCAGUCAGCGACUUGCUAGUGGGAAUUUUCUGUAUGCCAACAACUUUGGUGGACAACCUUAUUACUGGGUGGCCUUUCGACAACAUCAUGUGCAAAAUGAGCGGCCUUGUGCAAGGAAUGUCUGUUUCGGCCUCUGUCUUCACUCUAGUGGCAAUUGCAGUGGAAAGGUUCCGAUGCAUUGUCUAUCCAUUCAGGCAGAAGCUAACUCUACGAAAAGCCAUAUUCACCAUCAUUGUUAUUUGGGUUCUAGCUCUGAUUAUUAUGUGCCCAUCAGCUGUCACUCUUACAGUGACCAGGGAUGACUACCAUUUUAUGGUAGAUGACUACAACAACUUCUACCCUCUUUACUCAUGUUGGGAAGCUUGGCCAGACACAGAAAUGCGUAAAAUAUACACAACUGUUCUCUUCUCCCACAUCUACUUGGCUCCUCUAACCUUGAUUGUUAUCAUGUAUGCUCGCAUUGCAUUCAAACUCUUUAAGUCUUCGGCCCCUAUUCGAGGAUCAGUCUCUGAAGAACAUGAAGGUCGAAGAGUUUCAAAAAGGAAAGUAAGGGUAAUAAACAUGCUAAUUAUGGUUGCAUUAUUCUUCACUUUGUCCUGGCUCCCUCUCUGGACCCUAAUGCUGCUUACAGAUUAUGGAAAUCUCAGUGAUUAUCAGUUAAACAUAAUUGCUGUGUAUAUAUUCCCCUUUGCCCACUGGUUAGCCUUUUUCAACAGUAGUGUCAAUCCUAUCAUCUAUGGUUAUUUUAAUGAGAACUUCCGACGAGGUUUCCAGGAAGCCUUCAAAGUACAGUACUGCUCAAUUAAACGAGAGCAUAAGGAAACAUAUUCAGAGAGAAAGAACAGUGGGUUUGUAUUUGGAGUACGCAACCGAAUCUUUGUGGAAGUGCAGCCCAGUGAUUCAGCUCAAGGUUCAGACUCGGGAAACAGUACCACUGCCAAACCUGCUAUGUUCUCAUUAAGAAGUGGAAGAAUUGCUCAUCAUGGGUUGGUGGUUGAAGAAUUAGACAAUAAAAGCUCCAGUAAUACUGUCAGCAUACCAGCAUGGGAUAUAUAAAAAUGGAUAUUCUUAAUGCAGCACAAAAAGGACAUCAUAACUACUUAGAUGGUGUGUAUCUCUGAAUAUUGGCACAGGGCUCCUAAAAAUAAAGAAAUUAUUUUACUGUAUUUAUUUCAUAUGACAUUAUAAAAGUUUAUCAACUGGAAACAAAAAAUUUGCAUCCGUCUACAGAUAAACUUUAGGUGAUAAAUAAAAUCAGCUAUCAACAUUUGAUGAGAUUUUCAUACACCAUUAUCAUAGUGGUUACCGUAAGUUGUUAAACACAUCUCAGUAGGUUUUUUGAUGAAAUACAGUGAGCUAAAAUCUGUGUGUGGGAAAAACCCCAACAUAUUUUUUUAUACAUUAUGUUGAAAGAAUCUCAUUUUGGCAUGAAAAAAAAUAGAUGACCAUGCUUAUUUUCUUUGGUGUGCUAUGCAGAGAGCUCUGUAAGGUCAGUGGGACUAUUCUGUUAUUAAACAUGUUGAAACCAUCUCUGGAUAUUCUUUUUAACUUCAAAGAUUGCCUAUUAUGUGUCGCUACAAGCUGCUUAGCAUGACUCUUCAAAAAUGUGUAAGAGGCUAUCUUUCUUUUAGGAAAUCUUACUUUUUACCUUUUCUGUCAAAUUCUUAAAUCAGAUACACAAUGAAAUUUUAACAAGGGUAAAAAUAUUUUGUGGUCUAAACAACAGCAAAAAAAAACGUAUUCAAAAAAAAUGUCUACAUGUUGUAUGGUAUUGUACAUGACGCAUGACUUAUGACGUAUGAGUUUUUCGAUAUUGUAUUCAUUUUGUAAAUGAAUUUUAAGUAUAUGAUAUCACCAUGAGGCUAAUUUAUGAAAGCUAUUGAAAUGGAAAGUAGUGCUGCAACCAAUUACAAACAGUUGUCACGUUUUCUAAUGUUGGUUAGCAAAUUUCCAGCGAGUAUGUCAACAGCUUCCAUGGGUGCCCAUGAAAAUAGUAUGGAAGCUAUAUAGGUACACUGUAAAAUGUAUA